UGUUUAGGAAGUUUGGCCACCCAGAGGCAACCAAUUCUACUUGCCUGUACUGAUUCCUUUCCUGUAUAAAUCCCUCCAGACAUCUUGUCCUUCCCCAAAAGCAAUCGAGAUCAAGUCCAGUAGAAACAAAAACGUUCUGUGGGCAUUGUUUAGUUCACUUUUGCCGAAUCAAAUUGCUUCAUAAUCGAUAUGGCUUCGAAGAGAAUGCAGAUGGGUCUCCUGGCAGCUGUUUUUGCGGCGUUGCUUGCUCAUCCGUGCUCAGCACAGUCCACAUCUGGUUGCACCACAACGCUGAUAACAUUGACCCCAUGCUUGAGCUAUGUCUCCGGGAAUUCCUCUGCACCAUCUUCCACUUGUUGCUCAACCCUCAACUCGGUCGUCCAGUCGCAGCCCCAGUGCCUCUGCUUGCUGCUCAAUGGCGGCGUUUCGUCGCUUGGGUACAACAUCAAUCAGACCCUCGCUCUGGCUCUCCCCGGGGCUUGCAGCGUGAAGACCCCAUCGGCCAGCCUCUGCAAUGCACCCUCUCCAUCAAUUUCUCCUACAAGUCCUCCUGCAGAUUCAUCAGACAACACGCCACUUACUCCGGCAGCAUCCUCAACCCCAAACAUUCCCUCAGGAUCAAAGGCUACGCCUGCUGCAACCAGUGCGAGCAGGAGCAUCAAAGCGUCCUUCGGAUCUCUAGCGUUUGCGCUCUUGCUGGCUUCAUUUGGAUCGAGUCUUCUCAAGUCUUAAGCGAGAGGGGAAGGGACUUGGCAUGUGCUCACUCUGUGUCAUUUGCACUUGCGUACUCUGUUUGUGGAUGCUUCUGAUAUCCAUUCAUUGUUUGCUAUAUUGGAUAUAGUGCUAUGCAUUGGUUCUAUUUGUACCAUUUCCAUUUGCAUCUGAAUAUUUAGUACGGCUUUGUGCUUC